AUGGCUGGCAAUUCAGUCCUCGGCCCUGCGCUGCGACGCCUUUGCAGAGACAUACCACAAAAGCAAUGCCGGACCUUUUCAUCAACCACAUGCGAUGCUGCAACAGUGCGCACUCCCAACAUCAGUCGUCAGUUACAAAAGGCCAUGAGCAAGCAAAAGAGUCUCUCAGGACAAAUGAAGAAGAUGGGCAGAGGCCAAAUGGGCGACGACUUCGGCCUCCUCCCAGAAACACUCAUCAAACCCGAACGCAAGAACUUACCCUCAAUUCUCUCCAAGCGAUGGCAGAGAAGAAUACAAAUUGAAUGGCUAGCUUUCAAACAAAAAGUCCAAGCUUUCGUUGCCCUAGUCCUUUCCAACCGAUGGCAAGUAAAGAAAGACCCACUAACCAACCGGGCCCUCGUCCUCCCCCUCCUCCUUCGCGAACGCUACGCCAAAGCCCGCGAACUCCACCGCGAACUGUACAAAGCCAUCGCAGAAGGCGACAACGACACCAUCCGGCGCAUCUCCUGCACCGGCCUCAAACGCUCCCUCCAGAUUCGCCUUGACCAACGCAAGGCCAUGAAAAUGCCCCCCGAAACCUGGGAUGUUGAGUACAGAGGUCUGACGAACGACGACAAACUCUACUGGUGGAUCACCGCGCUCAUCCCACCGCGCUUCCGAUCGACGCAAAUCAUAACCGAUCGUUCAGCUCAGCUGCCAGUGGGUACCGACUCAUCAGCGCGGCAAGUCGUUGUGAAGAUCAAGACCAAGCAGACGUUGGAUAAAAACGACGGCAAAGGGCCCAAGACAGUGAAUAAGGACGAAUAUGUGGUCCUACAGAGGCUGAGGUUUGAUGGUGAGGAGGAUGAUUGGCAGAUCUGGGGGACGACGAGCCCGAGUAGCGAAGAAGACAUCAAUGCGAUUUUGAGCGAGAAUGCGUCAGCUGCAAGGAGAAAGAUGACGUUCAUGGAAAGACUGAGAGAUCAGGGUGCACAAUUUGCGCAAAGAUUCGGGUCAAAAGCUGGUUCAUAA